UGGAUUAUUGCAAUUCUAGGAAAUUAGCUGUUGUGCCUCAAGGAGGCAAUACUGGUCUUGUUCAUGGAAGUAUUCCUGUAUUCGACGAAAUUAUUAUAUCGAUGUCACAAAUGAAUAAAAUUCUAAAUGUCAAUCCACUUUCAGGCUUGUUGAUCUUGGCGAAUUCUACUUACAGGUGACGUUAAUAAAAAAAAACAAUGGAAUGACCUUAGAAACGGGAUCCUCCAACGAGAAUCAGCGAACGAUCCCUGAAAUGCGACGCCGAAGGUGUUACAAUUGCCAGGAGGUGGGACACCUGCGGCUUCAGUGUUCUCGGCCAUCCCGGGGGGCUCGCGUACCCUUAGAAGUGCUAUCCGAAAACCCGCGAGUGGGAAUCAACGAAGGACGAAAACGCUCGCAUCACGAUUUAGAGGUGGGACAGCCAAUAGACCCAAUUCCCUCGGAUAGACAUUCUCUCAAUAUUCGCCAUUUUGACGCUCGAGGUCAGACCCUGAAUGGAUCCCGAGGUCCGAGUGUGGAGGAUAUAUUGCAGAGAGCGGUGACCACUACGCUAACUACUGGUGUUCCACAGACGGCGGGCACUGAGGAUUUUUGGGUCAGCCCCAUGUCUGUUUAAGAAAGUUAUGUGUAAAAAUAUUCUCGAAAUAAUAUUGGGUAUUGAUUUGCGAGGCUGGCUGUAUACUCAAGCAUCUGGAUGAUCAUUUGUCCCAGCAUGGUUUGAUAAUGCCAAUAGAUUUAGGAGCCAAAGAUAGUUGUCAAAUUGGUGGAAAUUUAGCUACAAAUGCAGGUGGUUUGAGGCUUUUGAAAUAUGGAUCUCUUAGGGGCACUGUAUUGGGAUUAGAAGCAGUUUUACCUAGUGGCCAAAUCAUUGAUUGUAUGAACACCAUGCGGAAAGAUAACACAGGUUACGAUUUGAAGCAACUCUUCAUAGGCUCGGAAGGUACCUUAGGGAUAAUUACGAAAGUUUGUAUUCAUUGCCCUCCACGGCCCAAAGAUACUAAUGUCGCAUUUUUUGGCUGUGAUACAUUCGAGGAAGUUAUCGAGGCUUACAAACAUGCCAAAGAGUUGUUGGGGGAAACCCUAUCUGCUUUCGAGUUUAUGGAUAAGGAAUGUAUGGAAGCCGUGGUUAACACAUUUGGCUACAAAUAUCCAUUUUCUUCUACACCAAAUCAAUCAAAUUUAGUUACGAGUUCCCACAAUUCUAUCUCACCUUACCAUUUUUUGGUAGAAACCAUCAAAACAAGUGAUGAAAGAUUUUACGAAUGCGCAAGCAUCAUUAAUUGCCCUCGAACUGUGGUGGCUAGGAAUGAGAGUGAAUCUAGCGAUAUCUGGAAACUCCGGGAAAAUAUAUACCCGGCUCUUUGCCAAUACAAAAAUCCCGACUUAUUCAUCAGUUACGAUGUUUCUUUGCCGCUCAAGUCCUGGCCUGAGCUUGUUCAGCGUCUUUACCAAGUUUCCCAAGACACAUCUGUCCAGGAAUCCAUGAUCUCUGUCAAUAAAAAUCUCGGAUAUAGUGUACCCCAAGAACUUAUUAAAAAUGGUCCUCUAGAUUUAGCCGAUAAAUUUUCAAACUUUUAUUGUCUUAUUGAAAACUCGGGUUGUUCUGAAUUGUAUAAUAAAGAAAUCUUGGAAAAAUUUUGCCAUCAUUUACACAAUAUCCUCAAACCCGCUAUUUCAAACGAUAAAACCAUGAAAAUUGUUAUCGCUCAAAAUUUAGGCCAAGCCAGGAUGUUAUGGAAAUUGAGGGAAUCUAUCACCUUGUCCUUAGUCUCCGACGGCUACGUUUAUAAAUACGACAUCUCUCUGCCUCUCACCGAUUUCUACAAAUUAAUCAAGGACAUAAGAGCAAAGCUUCUACCUUUAGGGAAUAAAAUCAUUAGAGUAGUUGGUUAUGGACAUGUAGGCGACGGUAACUUACACCUCAACGUCACUUCUAAAAAAUUUUACCGUGAAGUAUUGAACGAGAUUCAACCCUAUAUUUAUCAAAAAGUUACUGAAUCAUUGCAACACGAGAACAAAAUAAAAAGAUCCAAUUGUUCUUUUGAAUAUAAUUUAAAUUCCACUAGAGGCAGCAUUAGUGCCGAACACGGUUUAGGUUUGGUAAAGAAAGAAUUUUCCUAUUUGGGAAAAUCUGCGGUCUAUUGGAGGUGCGCUCAAAAGUUAAAGAAUCUUUUCGAUCCCAUUUUUAUAUUAAAUCCUUACAAAAUGUUGAACACCGAUCAUUAUAAUUCUUAAUUUACUAAUAUAAAAAAAACCUUUUUAUAUGAUUGUCUUUAUGGAGUUUAUUGUAUUUUUUUAUGACAGUGUUAACAUUGCAUACAUUAAUAUCUUUAAAAAUAGUUAUAUAUUCCUUAUAAUCUGAAUAGUAUUGAAAUCUAUGAUGUGGCUGGUGAGGGGCAAAAAACUCAGAACGCCUCAGUUUAAUUUGAUUAAAAUGUUAUUUUAAAAACAGGCCUUAUUUAAAAAGAACAUUUGGUACACUUUAAUAAUAAAAACUAACCAGACCAUUAAGCAGUUUUGAGGAUUUUUUUUUAGAAUAUGUUACAAU